GCGAAAGUAGGAAGAAACUUAAAGCUGUGUGGCUUCCCCGCCGCCUGCGUUCGCAACUCCUGUGCCCCGUGGCCCUGGCCGCGCCGAGCCGUCGGGAGCCCUGGUCAUGGGGCUGUCCGGCCCCUCGGCAGCGUGAGGCGCGGGGCCUCCCGUGAGCUCCCCUGACAGGCCGAGGGCGGGCAGCGGGAGGCAUCGUUCCUGCUGCGGUCGUGGGCGCCACCGCUGGCCCGGGCUCCGGGAAUCAUGAACAUAGACGUGGAGUUCCACAUCCGGCACAACUACCCCUGGAGCAAGUUGCCGGCCAAUGUGAAGCAGAGUCUUGGAAAUGCGCAGAGAGAAUACGAAAAGCAGGUUGUCCUGUACAGUAUCCGUAAUCAGCUACGGUACAGAAAUAACUUGGUUAAACAUGUCAAGAGAGAUGAGCGCAAAUACUAUGAGGAACUGCUGAAGUAUAGUCGAGACCAUCUCAUGCUGUACCCUUACCAUUUAUCGGAUAUUAUGGUCAAGGGCCUGAGGAUAACACCGUUUUCAUAUUAUACUGGGAUUAUGGAGGACAUUAUGAACAGUGAGAAAAGUUAUGAUUCGUUGCCCAAUUUUACUGCUGCUGACUGUCUAAGGCUUCUUGGCAUAGGAAGGAACCAGUACAUUGACCUCAUGAAUCAGUGCAGGUCAUCAAAAAAAUUUUUCAGGAGGAAAACAGCCCGUGAUCUUCUCCCAGGAAAGCCGGUGGGAAUUGCCAUAGAGGCGUGGUGGGUGGUGCAGGCCGGAUAUAUCAUGGAAGAUGACAUAAAGAUAUGCACUUUGUCCGAGAAAUGCGCUAUUGAUAAGAUCAUCGAUGCAGGCCCUCAGCUCGCUGGAUCACUAGAUUACAAUGUAGUACAUAGUUUAUAUAACAAAGGAUUUGUUUAUCUGGAUGUACCAAUAUCCGAUGACAGUUGUAUAGCAGUUCCUCCUCUGGAAGGUUUUGUAAUGAAUCGAGUGCAAGGUGAUUAUUUUGAAACUCUACUUUAUAAGAUAUUUGUUUCAAUAGAUGAGCAUACUAAUGUUGCAGAGCUUGCAAAUGUGCUUGAGAUAGAUUUAUCCCUUGUUAAGAAUGCUGUUUCAAUGUAUUGCCGAUUGGGCUUUGCCCAUAAGAAGGGACAAGUAAUAAAUUUGGAUCAACUUCAUUCAUCAUGGAGAAAUGUUCCAUCCAUAAACAGAUUAAAGAGUACUUUAGAUCCACAGAAGAUGCUCCUGUCGUGGGAUGGCGGGGAGAGCAGGAGUCCUGUACAGGAAGCCUCGUCCGCCACCGACACUGACACAAACAGUCAAGAAGACCCAGCGGACACAGCCAGUGUAAGCAGUUUGAGUUUGUCUACAGGCUAUACAAAGCGUAUAGCGUUUCUGUUUGAUUCAACUCUCACCGCCUUUUUAAUGAUGGGAAAUCUUUCACCAAACCUGAAAAGCCACGCGGUCACAAUGUUUGAAGUCGGCAAACUCUCGGACGAGUCUCUGGACAGCUUCCUUGUCGAACUAGAAAAGGUUCAGAGCACUGGUGAAGGAGAAGCACAGAGAUACUUUGACCACGCACUCACUCUGAGAAACACGAUACUUUUUCUUCGUCAUAAUAAAGAUUUAGUUGCACAAACUGCACAGCCAGACCAGCCCAACUAUGGUUUUCCUCUGGAUCUCUUGCGCUGUGAAAGCCUUCUUGGUUUGGACCCUGCGACUUGCAGCAGAGUUCUAAACAAGAAUUACACACUGCUCGUUUCCAUGGCUCCUCUCACCAAUGAAAUCCGGCCUGUCAGCAGCUGCACCCCUCAGCAUAUUGGACCAGCUAUCCCAGAAGUCAGUUCUGUCUGGUUUAAACUGUACAUUUAUCACAUCACUGGGCAGGGACCACCAUCUCUUUUACUGUCCAAAGGUACAAGACUCCGAAAACUGCCGGAUAUAUUCCAGGGUUAUGAUCGGUUACUAAUAACGUCCUGGGGCCACGACCCUGGGGUGGUGCCUACAUCAAACGUGCUCACGAUGUUGAAUGACGCUUUAACGCAUUCGGCGGUUUUGAUUCAGGGACAUGGUGUGCACGGGACAGGGGAGACUGUCCACAUCCCGUUUCCAUUUGACGACACAGAACUUCAAGGAGAGUUUACUCGUGCCAAUAUGGGUGUGCACAAAGCAUUGCAGAUGUUAAGGAACAGAGUGGACGUGCAGCACUUCUGUGGCUAUAUCACCAUGCUGAACGCUUCGAGCCGCCUCGCGAACAGGAAACUCAGUGACGCUUCUGACGAGAGAGGUGAACCUGAUCUGGCUUCUGGCUCGGAUGUAAAUGGAAGCACAGAGUCAUUUGAAAUGGUCAUUGAGGAAGCAACUUUAGAUUCAGCAACUAAGCAAAAUUCUGUUGCCACAGUGGAAGCAGACUGGGUCCCUCUUGAGCUGUGCUUUGGAAUUCCGCUGUUUAGCUCCGAAUUAAACCGGAAAGUUUGUAGAAAAAUUGCCACCCAUGGCCUUUGCAGGAAAGAGAGCCUUCAGAACCUCUUACAUUCCAGUCGAAAACUCGCUCUGCACGUCCUUAACUUUGUUCACUCAUUCCAGGAAGGUGCUUCAACGCUGGACAUCCACGCAGAGGCCAGCUUCCCAAGCUUGCUCCCCCAGUCAUCCUACGCCGAUUUGGGAGUUCCACUUCCCGCCAAGAACUUAAUUUUUCAAGACGGCACCUUGUCAGAAUGGAGUGGACGGUCACCUUCCUCGUUGCGUAUUGCUAAUCUCCAUUUGCAGUGAUCUGGUCACACCGUCUGUUGCUCACACUUCCUGCCUUUUUUCUUUCUCAACGUUAGCUUCGUAGUGCCAGCCACUGAAAAGCAUCUGCUGCUGCAGUGCGAUUCUGCUUCCGUGGUGUCAGAGUUCCGAGGACACAUUCAUGCUUUCUCAAGUGUUCCUCAUCAUUGCAUCUCCUAACGCAACGAAAAGCUUUUUAGCAGCCUGCACUGUAUUUUUUACCCUGAGACAAUCGACAUUUCUUUUAUAAAACUGAGGAUAUACUUUAUAGGCUUUAUGAUGACUGUUAUGUUUAUAAGCAGUCACUAUGAAUAUUGCAACGGUAAUUUUGUAUGUUAGUUUAUCGAACAUAAUCUUGUUUAUUUUAUAUUUUGUUACCUACUCUUUAGGGGAUCUUGGGAAGAGGUGGAACUCUUCCUUUUCAAAGGCUUCUUGGUAUUUAAAGUAGCAAAACUGUAAGACAGUGAACAGCCAACAUGAGGGAUGACGUGAUGGGGUGUUGAGGGUCCCCGAGGCUGUAAAGUGUGCGUACGGUGGACCUUGCCGGAGGGUGAAUCAGCACAGUCAUGCACAAGUUCACCUUCAUUUGUAAGGACCUCACUCUGGCUCUGCAUUGGCGUCUCACGAGAAGCUUUGGAAAACAUUCUAUUUUUAAACAAUGUUUAUAUGUGGACUUCUGUCAUCUCUCACUUUGGGCUUUAUAUUUUGAUAGAGUCUUUCUGGAUAAAUAGAAUUUAUUUUCCAUUCUCGUAGCUGUGGCUGCUGCAUAUUUUCACUGUGAUUUAUUUUUUGUUUCGUUAAUUUUACCAAUUAAUUGGUAUGAAAUUGAAUUUGAUAGUCUCUAACCAAGGUUUGCGAUUUUAGAUUAGAAUUAUAUAACAAUAAGGCUAUGUCUUCUGAUCAAAAUACUUUAGUGAAAAGCCUACUUUGAAGACAUAUUCUUAGGCAAUUUGGACCUUAAAUUUAUGUUGAAUAGUUCAGGAGGAAAUGAUACAGAAAAAAAUGAGUAAUUUCAAAAUGUUGCUUGAGUUAUUGAUUCUUUUAGUGUCUCAAAUGUGAAUUAGCAUAAUUGGAAUCACUUUUAAGAUUUUUCAAGUUACCUUGGGAAGUGUGUGCAGUGUUAUAGAUUAGUUUAGCUGUUCUCAUAGGGUAAUGGUUUGCUAGCUUAAAGCUGUAACCAAACUAACUGGUCGAACAACUUAUAUCUAAAACACUUAAAGCAUUAGAAACUUUGGGAAUGUUAAACCUAAACAUUUUUUUGCUGAUAGUUUUUGUUAUUUAUAGAGCUGAUAUUUGUGGAUUUUAACACACUUCUGGGGAUAUAUGCCUUUUUAGGAACUGUUAACACAGCCGUGCGCGCAGCAUCACGCCCUGCCUGCACAGCUGCGUGUCCGGAGCGGGGGGCCUGGGGUGCAGGCACUGCUGUGUUUGAGGGAACGGCAGUCAGCGUUCAGUCUUCUGCUUUCUCUCGUGUGUGGUAGAAACCAGUGUAUGUUAUAAAUGUUUGUCUAUAAAAGGAAAAAUACAUACUAAUAUUAAAAUAAUUUCUAUGACUGUGAAUCACUCACUUAUUUUUCCAAUAAUUGAAAUUGUACAUUCCUAGUGCUAUUAGGUAUGUAUGUGACUUUUACAGAUUUUCAGCUGGAAGCUGCAUUUUAUUUGAUCAGGGCUCUUUAAUCUCAUUCUCAUUUGCUUUGUUUGAAUUAACCGGUCAUUUUAUUUAUUCCCGCAUCACCGAUCUCAGCUUCCUGUAAUGACAUAUACACUAAUGAUGUAUCAGACAUUGGUAGCUAUUGGCAGUGAACCCAGUGGCUGGUGAAUUUAAAACUUAAAUGUGGAUGUGAUUUGCUGCUGCACUGUCCUUGAGAGAUGAUGGAGGAAGAAAAAGAAUCUAGUAAUGAUCAUGGAUUUUAGAGAAAGUACUGACGAAGCCUGCGGCCGGCUCUGGUUUCUCUUGUGGAUGAGGAAAGCUGCCGAGUCCCGCCGAGGACCCCCACGAUUAAGGAGGGUCAGGCCGCCUGCGUGUGUAGGGCGCUCAGCCAGAUCCGAAGGCUGCUUUGUGCUUUGUUUGUGAAUCCGGCUUUGUUCCUUUCAUACGUCAACUCAUGUAAAGAUGCGUCUCUUAAAUCCUGUGUCAGUGUUGAUCCGUUUCAACAAAAAAGUAAACUUAAAACAUAGCCUUUAUUAUUUGCCAAAGAUGAUGUGUGAAAUAGUUCUCAUCUAAUUUUUCUGCAGAUGUUUAAUUUCAUUAACUUUUGCUACCUUUCAUUUCUUUUUCCCCUUAAUGUAGCUUAAACCGUAGCAAACAGCCAUUCCUUAGAAACCAAGAGAAGAAAGAUAUCAAAAAGAACAUGGAUUAGACUUUAGUGAGAUAGUUUCACUCUCACAUGAGCCUAAAGAACUGUGACUUUGUCAUUAAAAAAAUUAUCAUCUGAUUUCCUUCUCUUUAAAUAUGUUAAUCAGGUGAGUUUGUAUUUUUUUCAGUUUUAGUUUCUUUUAUUUGAUGUUUCAGUUUCCUCCACCAUUCAUCUUCCUCUUUUAUGUUCAGUGUUUCAAAUACAUUUGUAUUUAAAGACUUUAAAAUACCAAAACUGUAACUAAGUACAGUGGAUUGUUUUCUGGUAUGAUGUUAAUAUUAUACAAUGAAAUGUAUAAAGUGUUGUCAAUUUGAUUAUUGACUCAUAAUAUGUUUACAAAUAAACUGUGGUGUUGAUCAAGUUA